AUUUUUAUUUAUUAUUAUUUUUUUUGUUUUAACCAUUCAUCAAUUCGUACUUCUUCAUCCUUUUAUUUUGGCAACGUACAUACCCUUUUUAAAUUACAUAUAAGCAUAUAAUAGUACAAAAGAAAAACCUUCACAAUCACUCUUCUGUUCCUCACGUUUUUCAGUCCUAAACUGCACACCCACAUUAAUCUCAUAAUAUAAUUUAGUUUCUCAUGUUUUUGGAGUUAAUAUAUUUGCAAAUCUUAGGUACCCAGAUGGUAAUAUUGGGUUUUGAAGCAUUUUUCUGAGCAGACAUUUGGUGUUACGGUUGACGAAUACAAUUUUCUUCUGUUCCUCCUGUUUUUUAGUUAAUUUAUUUUAAAAUCUUCAUCACCCAAAUAGUGACUUUGGGUUUUGAACAAUUUUUCGAGUACCCAUUUAGUGAUUUAGCUGUUAAAUAAAAUCGUUUUUGAGUUUUCAUGGGAAUCAAGCCUGGUGUUGCUAGCCAAAAAGGGAAGGAAUUGAGCGAGGUACCCCAAGAAACAACGACGAAUAGCAGCGCGUCUUCACGCAGGAACCGCCGACGUAAUAGGAAAGCGUCGCCGGUUCAGACUCUUUAUCAUACCUGUAAGGAAGUAUUUGCCACAGGAGGGAAUGGUUUUAUUCCUCCACCCAAUGACGUUGAACGCUUGCGCUCCAUUUUGGAUAUCUUGAAAGCAGAAGAUGUUGGGUUGAGCCCAAGUUUGCCAUAUUUUCGAAUAAUGAGGAGUGGACGACCAGUGAUAACAUACCUGCACCUCUAUGAAUGUGAAAAGUUUUCGAUUGGAAUAUUCUGCUUGCCGCCAUCUGGUGUACUACCGCUUCAUAAUCAUCCAGGAAUGACUGUUUUCAGUAAAAUUCUAUUUGGGACCAUGCAUAUCAAAUCAUUUGACUGGGCAGAAGACUUACCUUGCAGCACUGUUACUUUAGAAAAUGCACCUGAGGCUGAGGCUCGGUUGGCAAAGCUGAAAGUGAAUGCGGACUUUGUUGCUCCUUGCAACACUUCCAUCCUUUAUCCGGCUGCCGGUGGGAAUAUGCACUGUUUUACAGCAGUAACAGCUUGUGCUGUUCUUGAUGUUCUGGGCCCACCAUAUUCUGACCCUGAUGGUCGCCACUGUACAUACUAUAGGGAAUAUCCUUUUGACCAUUUCUCAGUUGACGGGAUCUCCAUGCUGGAAAAUGAGAAGGAUAGUUUUGCGUGGCUUCAAGAGAGGGAAAAACCACGCGAGCUUACUGUUAUUGGGGCGCCAUACGUAGGUCCCAAGAUUGUGGAUAGUUGAGCGCUGCGAGGCUGUACACCAUGGCCAGUGUGCUAAAUGUUCCUUUGAAGUUUCUCUUGGGCGCUUGUAGCCUUGUACAUAAAUACUAAAAUCUAAAUACUUCUACUAAAUAGUUCCGGUGAGGAUCGAGAAAGGCAAAAGAGAUAGAAGAAGAUUAUAUUUAGGUUGACACAAUUACAAUUUGCGAAAAAAGCUUAAACACACAGGCCACAGCGUAGCUACAAUCUCGAAAACCCAAAAUGUUGUCAAAGACAAGAGCAGGGAGAAACUUGGUUUUUAUUUUUCUUGUGUUGACAAAGCAUGGAAUAAUUCAUUUCA